UGUGCGAGAAUCUCCUUGGCUUUUUUCCAUCGGGGUUGCAUCCACAAACCCCCCAUCCACUCUAGGUGGAGAAUGCGCGCCGCCCUGCGCAAGCCAAGAGACAGGGACAGUUCGAGUUGUAGUGCUGUAGUAACCAGCCCCAGUCAGGGCAGCAGGGCCAGGGAGCCAUGGCCUGGGGAGUCUCCAAUCGCGCUGCAGGCCCAGGGACGGGGAUGGGGCCAGGCCAGCCCCAGACGCGACUGUUUUUGGAAAGAAGGGGGCAAGGAUAAAACAGCACAGACAAACUCACACCACAAGAAGCAAAGAGCAUCCAUCUCUUGGUAA